CUAGUACUAGUAGGUCAGAUACGAACAACGGGACCAUUGCCGUAUACAACUGGUCAUCUCCCCAAGCGAUCUCUCAAUACUUUCCCCUGCUUACUUCCCAAAUGUUUGAAUAUGUGAAGUUAGGCUAAUAAGCUUUUUAUAGCUGCCAUCUAUUGUUGAGCUCGCGUGCGGGCAUUCAUCUUUGGGCUCCCGCCGAGCCGCAGCCGUGCCAAGCCUCCUCCGCCGCUCACCUCAAUUCACCACCCGCCAUCAACCUCAACACCGCACCAUGGCUUCCCCCGCGGCCGACGCACCAAACGGCAUGUCGACGCCCCCGACCACGGCGUCUGGCGGUGCCAACGCCAGCCCGCCUACCGCCUCAUCCACCCAACCGAACCCCCAAUCCCAACCACAACCAUCGCAAUCCCAGCUCUCCAACGGCGUAUCCCAGAACGGCCUCCAACCUCCCCCCUCCCACCCUCUCACCUCGAUGCAAGACGACGGCCUCGGCAAGCGGCCCCAAGAUGCGCGCACCAUGCACCUCAUCCUCGCGAAACUCGGCGUCCAUUCCUACACGGAGCGCGUCCCUCUCCAAAUCAUGGAUUUCGCGUACCGGUACACGUCCGGCAUCCUGUCCGACGCCCUGGCGUACGAACCCCCUCAACCUGGCGGCUCGGGGCCCUCGAGCAAGAAAGCCGCGGCGCAGAACGCGGACGAGAGCAGCGUGAGCCUGAACGCGGUGCGGACGGCCAUCGCGGCGCGGGCGGCGAAUCAGUUCAGUCCGGCGCUGCCCAAGGAGUUCAUGAUGGAGAUUGCGACGGAGAGGAAUCGGAUUGCGCUGCCGAGGGUGGAGAGGGAGUUUGGGAUUCGGUUACCGCCGGAGCGGUACUGCUUUACGGGUGUAGGGUGGGAUUUGAAGGAGAAGUGGGAGGAGGAAGAGGAGGUGGAGAUGGAUGAGGCGGAGGACGGGCAGGAGGGGAUGAGUGGGGGCCCUGUGGGUGGGCAGAUGGGGGAUACGGUUAUGGGUGGGAUGGAGGAGGAUGAGGAGAUGGAUGAGGAUGAGUUUGAGGAGGUGAUGGGUGUAGGGAAAGAAGAUGCGCAGUAAGGAUGCGGUCGAUGAUUGAUAUUUUGGGAGGUCGUUUGGGGCCGCCUCGUUUGAGCCAUCUAUCUGGAUUUUUAGGGUUUGCCUGAGCAUUGCAGCAGGCCUUCUAGGGUUCAGGCGUUCUAGGACUCUUGCAUAGUCACGCGGCGUUGGGAAUGGAGCCCAAUGAUAAAGGGCAUCUGGAAUUAUAUACCACAGGGGGGUUUCAUGUUUCCAUUUACCUCUUCGCUAGGUCCACAUAC